AUGGGGAAGCUAAUCUCCAAACCACUGCUCUGCCAAUCAAAGCUCUUCUGUUUCUCUCUCUUUUACCUUUUCUCCUCUCUCUUUCUAGCCCUCUCUUCCACCAAAUGUAUCUUCAGAUCCUCACCCUUCGAUCCCAUUCAAUCCCCUCUCUUCUCAUACCCCACAUCCUAUGGAGAACACAAGUACGCUGUUCCCACUCUGCGUUCCUCUUGCGAUUCUCCUGUUUAUUUUUCAGAUUAUUGGGAGGUUUUGAAGGAAAUUAAAGAAAUAUGUAAAAAUUCGACGGCAUUAGGCUCCAAGCCUCUGAGGUACAUGCAGGAGAAUGCUGAGAAUUUUGGUGGGAAUUUCAGUAUUGAGAAAAGGUUAUCGUAUUUUGAUCAUCGCGAGGAUGGAGUUGAAAUCCCCUGUGGAUUCUUUAAACGCUUUCCAAUAAGUAAUUCAGAUCGAAUUUCCAUGGAAAAGUGCGACGGGCUGGUGGUCAUCUCUGCUAUAUUCAAUGAUCACGACAAAAUCCGGCAGCCAAAAGGCCUAGGGUCCAAAUCCCUGGAUUAUGUGUGUUUCUUCUUGUUUGUUGAUGACACAACUCUCAAGGGAUUGGACUAUCACAAUAUGAUUUCAAGAAAAUCCAAGGAAAAGAAGAUUGGCGUAUGGAGAAUUGUCAAAGUUUCAACGUCGUAUUUGUACAAAAACGCAGCAAUGAAUGGAGAAAUACCCAAAUACUUAAUUCAUCGUCUUUUUCCAAACUCGAAAUACAGUAUAUGGGUAGAUUCCAAGCUCCAACUGGUGGUUGAUCCACUUCUGUUGAUACACUCACUUGUUAUUCAGGAAAAAGUGGAUAUGGCUGUAUCAAAGCAUCCAUAUUAUGUUCAUACCAUGGAAGAAGCAAUGGCAACUGCUAGAUGGAAGAAAUGGUGGGACGUCGACGCACUAAAGACGCAGAUGGAGACGUACUGUGAGAAUGGCUUGCAACCGUGGAGUCCAGAGAAGCCUUAUCCCACCGAUGUACCGGACACUGCUCUAAUCUUGCGGAAGCAUGGCGCAACUACCAAUCUCUUCUCAUGCCUUUUGUUCAACGAAUUGGAAGCAUUCAAUCCAAGAGAUCAAUUGGGUUUUGCAUUUGUGAGAGACGAAAUGAACCCUAAAUUGAAUCUCAACAUGUUUGAAGUUGAAGUGUUUGAACAAGUUGCGAUAGAGUAUAGACACAACCUUAAACAAGGUGGGGCCAAUGUGGGGCCCAAGACUCUUAGGGCCAGCUCGGAUUUCUUUGUCAACGGUAGUUGUAGCAAAUGUGAGAGGUAUCUUUUAAAAAUGUGGGGUGAAACCCAUGAAUAA